UCUUGAGUCUGCCAGCAGGGAUUCUGCUGGUAUGUGCCACUGUAGCAUUAGGAUUCUAUUUACGUUAGAAAAACUACAUUUUGAACUGAAGUGUUCCAACUACAAACUGACAUUUGCGUUACCAUGGUUACUAACGCAUGCAGUCUGUAUUAACUCCAGUUGGGGGCGAACAUUUCAAAGAUUUGUGCAGUGAACACAGCAUCACUCAGGUAGCAAGCAAAAGGUGUAGACCCUGAGCGGUGGAUAGAAGCUACCCAUCCAGUUACUUAUACAAAACGUCUUUCACAGCCGAAGACUUACGAUUAUGAAAAUAUGGUCGUAAAAACUAGAAAACAAAACGUGAAGGAUCAACCGCCGCAGGCCAACGUCAACGACAGAGACAGGAGUCCGCUUGUAUCGCCAGGAACCGGGAAAAGUAGACGAUCAGGCAAAGGAACCUCUUUCAACAGCUUGCUUCACAAUAAGAAUGGACUAUUUCCUGGGUUUUCAUUAAUCAGAAGUAAGCUUGGCCUUACUCCGUCUGCUUUUGUGAAACUUGGAAUCACUCUGGUUCUUGCUGCUCUGACUGGGUAUUUACAUUGGUACCAUCUCUCACGCCUCUUUGAGAAUGACAGACACUUCUCACAUCUGUCAGGACUGGAAAAGGAAAUGGCAUUUCGGACAGAAAUGGGCUUAUACUACUCCUACUUCAAGACCAUCAUUGAGGCCCCAACUUUUCUCAACGGCCUGUAUCUGGUCAUGAACGAUCGGCUUACAGAGUACCCACUGGUUAUAAACACACUGAAAAGGUUCAAUCUCUAUCCAGAGGUUGUCCUGGCCAGCUGGUACAGAAUCUACACAGAUAUAAUGGAAUUCUUUGGACUCCCCACCAAGAUGUGUUGGUCCAUCAAUAGAGGAGAGGGUAUGGCUGCAGUGGACGGCUGUGAAGGUAUGGGUGACCCCGCCUACUUCUACGUGACCUUUGUGUUCCUCCUCAACGGUCUGAUGAUGAGUCUGUUCUUCAUCUACGGGACCUACCUCAGUGGUAGUCGGCUUGGGGGCAUGGUCACGGUGCUGUGUUUCUUCUUCAACCAUGGAGAGAGCACCCGGGUCAUGUGGACUCCGCCCCUGAGGGAGAGCUUCUCCUAUCCCUUCCUGGUCCUGCAGAUGUUACUGCUCACCCACAUCCUCCGGACACGAAACCCCAGCAGAAAGGCCAUGUGGGCGCUGGGCAUCUCCAAUUUGUGCUUCAUGCUUCCCUGGCAGUUUGCCCAGUUUGUGCUGCUAACCCAGGUGGCCUCUCUCUUUGCCUCGUACAUCCUGGGAUACAUCAGCCCCACCAAAAUGCAGUCCCUCCUAGUGACACACAUGAUCACACUUGCUGUGUGCUUUGUUCUGAUGUUCGGGAACUCCAUGCUGCUGACAUCAUUCUACGCCUCCUCGCUGGUAUCCAUCUGGGGAAUAAUCACCCUGCGGGACAAAUUUGCAGAAGCCUUCAAACCUGGCCUCAUCACAUGGGUCAUGCAGGGCCUGGUAUGGGUCGUCUCCACCGUCAUUCUCAAGUUCAUGCUGUCAGCCAUCUUUGGAGCCUCUGAUGAUGCUCACAUCAGUAGCUUAAUAAAGUCCAAGUUCACCAGCUACAAGGACUUUGACACCAUGAUGUAUACCUGUGCUGCUGAGUUUGACUUCAUGGAAAUUGAGACCCCAUUGCGCUACAUCAAGACACUGCUGCUUCCCAUCAACAUGCUGGUGGUUACUGUCAUAGCAGGACGGACGAUCCAGGAUGUUGUGAGGUUCCUGAGGGAAGGAGAGAAGUAUUCUGUCAAACCUGAUGACGACGACGACGACGAAGAGCCAGAAAUGUUAGCAAAAGGAGAGCUGGUGUACCAUAGCCUACAGUUGAUAGCCUUUGCAGUGCUGGCGAUGCUUAUCAUGCGUCUCAAGCUCUUCCUCACGCCCCACAUGUGCAUCAUGGCCUCCUUGAUCUGCUCCAAACAGUUGUUUGGCUGGAUAGGGGAGAAGUUCAAGCUCCACAUGAUGGUGUUUGGCAUCCUGUCCAUCAUGGCCAUGCAAGGGGCGGCCAACCUGCAGGCCCAGUGGGGCAUCAUGGGAGAAUUCAGCAACCUACCCCAGGAGCAGCUGCUGGACUGGAUCAAAGACAGCACCCGGCCCAACGCUGUGUUUGCUGGAGCCAUGCCCACCAUGGCUAGUGUGAAGCUGUCAGCCGGCCGGCCCAUCGUCAACCACCCACACUACGAGGACGCUGGACUGAGAGAGAGGACCAAGCUGGUGUACGCCAUGUACAGCCGCAAGUCUGCCGAGGUGGUGAAGAAGAACCUGAUGCAGCUGGAGGUGGACUACUUCGUCCUGGAGGACUCGUGGUGCACCCGGCGCUCCAGGCCUGGCUGCAGUAUGCCUGAGAUCUGGGACGUGGAGGACCCUCAGAACGCUGGGAAAGUCCCCCUCUGUACGCUCAUGUCCAGGGACUCCAGGCCCCACUUUACUACCGUCUUUCACAACAACGUUUACAAAGUCCUGAAAGUUCCCAAAGCAGCUAAAGACCUCAGAUAACAGCAGGGUCGGCCUGUUUUUGGUGCUACCUUCUAGUAUUUCCACCGGCUCCGGCCCGGUGGUGUUUUUAUAUAGUUCCUUUUCCUGUUGGUCUGUCUCCCUUUGGAGGUACCACUGCCACAGCUGCGUUUUACGUCUCCCUUUUCUGAGGCUCUGUUAGAACAGUGGACUGAUAUGAUGGGCUAGAUUAGAGUCCCCACUUGUGUUGUAUAAGCAUUUAAUUUAAUUUGGUUUUAUGCAAGCUUAUACUGAAAGUUGUUCUUAAAGACUGAAUUCAUUUUAUUUGAGUGUGUAUUAGUACAUUUUGGAUGUCAGGCAUAUUUAGUUUUCGUACUUUUAUGCCCUUUUUUUGCAUAUUAAGAAUUGUCAGUAUUUAGACAGUGUUAUUUUUUUUCAACUGCUGUGUGUUAUAAUUGUGUUAUUUGCCAAAGCAAAGUGUAGUUAGUAUAACUACUGGUGUUACAGCUGCAAGUGUCAGGUUAAUGUAGCCCACCUGAAAUGACCUUUAAGAGAAGCGGAAUAUAAUCAUCUACAAACAGAUUUUUUCCAACCACCCAUUGCAGCUUGUAGCAGUGCAUUAUUUUAAGCAUUAGCGUAAUGACCUUUUAGCGUCAUUGCUUUGUACUCUACCACACAGGAAGGUACGUCAUGAAUUUGUAGCCUUUUUUGCACCUCAAAAUGUGGCCUUGCACAUGUCACAACAGCAACAUAUUAGAAUUCGACAAUGUAUUAUGACUCAACACUUUUUUAAUUUUUUAUUAUUUGAAUUGUAACGCGCUUGUGGUUACUUCCCCAUAGCUGUGAAAGACUACGCCACUCUGUGGACUCCACUUUACACUCGUUAGCACUGGUGUGCUCUACCCACUUAAAACCACUUUCUCCUUUUGUGACUGUGAAAGUCCCUUUGCCACUCUGAUGAGGUCAAGGGUCAAACAGGAGAGUGCUCCGCUUAACCGGAGUGUCCUUGUCAUAAUCCCUGUGACUCACUCUGCCUUUUACCAGUGUGGCAUUGAAGUUACUUACAACAACCCCAGUGUAAUCAUUCCAGUGUAAAAGCGACACUAUUGUUGGGUAAAAAUCAUCUCACCAAUACAGGUGAGCCUUUUUAGCAAUAAGCAUAGUUAGUUACUCAUCAAGACUUUGUUUAAUGUUUAUACAUUUAAUACAACAUUCAGCAAUUGUAAUAGUAUCAAGUAACGGUUUCAAUUAAAUGCAAGGUGAAAGCUAGAAGUUUAUUUCAAUGUAUUCUGCUAUUUCUGUGACUGUUCACGAAUAGCACUGCAGGUGCUUAUGGGGUUUUAUUUUUUGUUAUGUCCAAGAUAUACUGUAAGGUACUAAAGUGAUCUUGAAAGCAAAGUGCCAGUUUUUUGUGGUUGGGCGGUGACCACACAACCUGAAAUAUUUUGACAUCACCAAUUUGAGUGACGUCAACAUUUCUAGUGACAGGCCUAGCUUUGUCUAAUGCUUGUCUAUUUCAUCUGUAUUUUGAAAAUAAAAUGUUUAUCAGCA